AUGGGGCCUGGCGUACGCUUCAAGCGCCUAAUUCCGGAGCGGGAUCCCGAGAUUGCUGCCAAUCCAGAGCAGGUGAACCGCCUCGUCUUCUGUUCCGGUAAGCUCUACUACGAGCUCGCAGCGGAGAGAGAGCAGCUUGGGCUGAAGAAUGUGGCCAUCUGCACACUGGAGCAGAUCGCUCCAUUCCCCUUCGAUCGCGUGAAGUCGAUGAUGGAGAUGUACCCUAACGUCGACAAGGGAGAUGGUGUCCACCCUGGUGAUGUCAUUUGGUGCCAGGAGGAGCCAAAGAAUAUGGGCGCCUGGUCGUACGUGCGCCCACGUUUCGUGACGACAGCGCGCGAGGGCUUGGACGUGGACAUGGUCAUGCGUUACGUCGGCCGACGUGCGGCCGCCUCGCCGGCCACGGGAUACCCGAAGCUGCACAACGCCGAGCAGGAAGCGUUGGUGAAG